CCCAACUCCUGGCGCUUCUUUACCAUCCUCUUUACGGCUCCCUACGUUUCAUUACUCGCGGUUUGCCUCACUCGCAAGCAUCCAAUCGCCUCUUGCACUCUCUCUCCGCAGCUCUGCGCUUCUCUCUACUGCGCUCUCUGCUGCACCUCCCUAGCUCUCGCAUUUCAGUCCAUCGUCAUCAGGGAGCUUCAUAGCAUCCUUCCUCCUGCCUGCUUGCGUGUGCCUUUCUUACGCGUUUCUUCUUGCUAGCCGAGUCCAGCCUUGUCUGUGGAGUCGAAUUGCUCGCUGAGGAGUCCGAAAACCAGUGAAGAGAAAGAGAGAGAGAACAGCGACUGGUUCCUCUUUCCUCCCCGCGAGUACGUCGGGUUUAGUUUCUCAGUGUGUGAGUGUGUUGUGUGGAUCUAGGGUGGGAAGAAGUGCAUAGGUUGUGUAGAGGAGGAGUUUGAGCAGUGCGUGAGGCGUGUCUAAGGGCGAAGGAGUGGUGUGCGGAAUGAUACUAGUGAAUCUUUUUUAGAUUUUUUCUGGUGAUCCGGAGUUCGAUUAGCGUCUUUCUUUCAUUUUCUGCGAAAGUUUUCGAAGUGGCACAGUGUAUUGAGUUUUAGUUCUUGAGGGGAGCAGAUAAUUUCUUCCUCGGGGCGGUUGUCGCGACGCUGACAGCGUGUAGAAGUCGUCAGAGUAGCGGAGUUUUUGUUGUUGAAAAGCUUGUUUUUUCUUCGUGCUGGAUGCCUGUUCUGUGUCGUUCGAUAGCUUCACAUUUUCUUUUGCAGCUUCUGUGAGGGCAGAAUCCGUGUAGAAGGGACUUGCGCUCUCAUUCUAGCUUUGAUCUUGGUUGCAGUUCAACUCUGUCUUGUUGCCGAAGUGGAUUCGAGUAGUUUUCUUUUCUUUUCUUCUGUUAUCUUCUGUGACUGACGUUCUCAUUAUGCUUCCUUUCCUCUGGUGAAGUGUUCCACAUACCCGUGUCUUCUGCCCACCUUUUUGGUGCAAACGUUUCUCCAGAGUCUUCGCCUACAGAGAGGAAGUUGCUUUACUGUGACUCCCAAUCAAACGCUUAAGCUUAAAAACCCGAUGCAGUGCGCAGUUUCUAUACACCUAGGGCUGUUAUAUUCCAUCGCCACUAUUGCAUAAUUCAGCUCUCGACUAUCGGAAUUCUUUGCGUGACUUGCUGGAGCCUGUAGGUUUCGAGGACACGCCGCAAUCAUGGACGGACCUGAGGCUGCCGUUUUAUGCUAACCGAAGCGGUCGGUUCCCAAUUGUGAAGGCAGGAGAGUUCCGAAGCGGAGCACAUGAUUCACACGAACGCCAGCACAAGCAUCCUCGUGAGGAGGAGGGUUGCGCGACCCUUGCUUUGGACUGCUGGUCGCUUCAGAUUUAUUUGACAGCAACUACCUCCUGCCUCUAUAUUUGGGUUGCCAACGUUUCUGGGGGAAGCUUAUUUGUACUACUUAGGCAAGGGUGUGGGCAAGCCUCACCUCUCAGACAAAAUAGUUUGAUAAGGGGAUUGUCUGAAAAUGAGUUGCAAUGGCUGCCGCGUCCUGCGUAAAGGGUGCAGUGAGGCAUGCAUACUCCGUCCGUGCCUUCAGUGGAUUGACAGUGCGGAUGCCCAAGGACAUGCUACCGUUUUUGUUGCAAAGUUUUUUGGCCGGGCUGGCCUCAUGGGCUUCAUAACUGCGGUUCCUGAAAAUCAACGCCCUGCUCUUUUUCAGUCUCUGCUCUACGAAGCCUGCGGGAGAACCGUGAAUCCUGUCUUUGGGGCAGUGGGGCUUCUAUGGGCUGGCAAUUGGCAAGUCUGUCAGGCUGCUGUAGAGACUGUUCUAAAGGGAGGUGUCUUAAAAGCACCGUCUUCAUGUUCGCCGAGUUUCUCUACUCUGCCACAAGGACCCCUUCAUCCCUCCAUUCCCGGAACAGAUACACCAGCUGGAUCUAGAGGAAGGGAUAGUCUGAUGCCAAGCGUCCUCAUCUCGGCUAAGGAAAGUACUCAUGAUCUUUGCAAACCAAGGGCAGGAAUAGCAUCUACACCAGGGCAGUUCCAGAUGACAAACGUUUAUGAAAGCAAAGAUCAUGCCGCUGCCGCUGCUGCUGUCAAAUCAACAUGGGAUCGCAAGUGGGAUGGCAAUUUUCAACAGAAUGACCUCCCAAAGAAGCAAGAACAAGGCGCAGCGAAGGGUAAUGUUAAAUCUAAUCUGAUCAUGUGGUCUGAGGCCGUCGGAAGUGUAGCACACAAGGUUGGGGAGAAAAGAGAGCGAGAUUUUUCGAUGGGAGCGCAUGUGCUGGCCCCUGCUCCUAGGAGAUUGAAACCUUGUGUGGUUGGUGAAUAUGGCUUUCCUGGUGGCAUGGCCAUCAAGGAAUCUCUCUGUGAUGAUCAGGAAACCGUUGUUGGCUCUACCGAACAUCUUGACCUUGGCCUGACGCUGAAGGUGAAGGAUGGUAAAGGGGGACAGAUUACGGGAUUGAAGAGAGUUUACAGUCCUUGCGACUCUGUGAAUUCUGAGGGCUCAGUCACAAGCCUUGACACGACUCCUCCUCACGUUCGUCCCAGCUUCUUAUCACCGAUGUUUGGCGGGGACAUGGGUUGCAAACUGCUGCCUCUUCUUUCGUAAGAUGUGUAACUCGAGUAAGAUGAGUCUAUCAAGGGUCCUCACUUGGAGGCACCGUUGAGAGCUCUUACCGACUGUCAGAAGUUUAUGAGCGUUUUUUGCUGCACUAUAUGAUAUACAAUUUUCCUAGAGAGUCCGUUGAGGUUCUUCACGAGUUUGUUACUAGUAUCUCUGCUUUACAAUUUCCAGUGAAAGAAGAAAUGAGAAAGCUGGCUGGAGGCUAAGUGGAGCCGCUAUUGGGGGAAUGAAAAGCCGUGUAGAAGGGAGUAUCAACUGUUUGAGCUUUCCUACUAUUUGAACGUCUGCAUCAUGUACUGUACAAUAUACGGCAUGAAACUAUUGAAAUGUCCACUUGUUUUUGUUGAUAUCAGUGGUUGGUUAUCUACUCUUGUGAUGUACCCAUUUGAAUAAAGAACAGAUAACAUCUCAUCGCUUUGAAAGUUC